AUGAGUGACUUUGAUGAUAUCCCUGACUUGGUAACUGGUGAAGAGGCUGACUUACAAGAAACUCUGGACAAAAUCGAAGUUGAUUCAAGCCUACGAAAGCAGAAAGUUCGCAACAUUAAUAAAGCAUUAGAAUCAACAACAAAUAGAGAUAGAAAUCCUGAUAGAAAAAUCCCAAUAACUAUCAUUACAGGCUAUCUUGGCUCUGGGAAGUCAACUUUAUUAGAUCAUAUUGCUAAGAAAGGUGGCAAGAAACUUGCCGUGAUAUUGAAUGAGUUUGGGGAUUCAAGUGAAAUUGAGAAAAGUUUGACAGUAACAAGUGGUGACAAGACAUAUGAAGAUUGGUUAGAUUUAGGUAAUGGGUGUCUAUGCUGCUCUGUCAAGGAUAUAGGUGUCAAGGCUAUUGAAGAUUUGAUUGAGAGAAGCGCAGAUAAUAUAGACUACAUUUUGUUGGAAACAUCUGGGAUUGCAGAUCCAGCACCAAUAGCAAGAAUGUUUUGGUUAGAUGAUGGAUUGAAAAGUAAUGUUUACAUAGAUGGUGUCGUCACGGUGUUGGACUCUGAACAUAUUGAAACUUGUCUAACUGAUUUUGGGGGACAUUGGCAUAAAGAGAAUGGACUAGAAUUUAAUGAAGAAGGUGUAACUACUGCACAUUUACAAAUAGCACUGGCUGAUGUGAUUCUUUUGAAUAAAACUGAUAAAUUAUCCAAGGAUAAAGAACAACUGCUAUCAAGGGUUAAAGAAAUAAAUUCAAUUGCUCCUAUUUUUGACACCAAGUUUGGUGAUAUUAAUAUUAACAAGAUUUUGGACUUGCAUGCGUUUGAACAAAACAUAAAGUUAAAUACAGAAGAUAGAGGAAGCUUUCAUGAUUCAAGAAUAUCAACUAUUUCAUUUGACUUUGAUUUGACAGCACCAUCACAGUUUGAAAAUCUAGAUAAAUUCCUUCAAAAUGUGCUUUGGGAAAGCAAAGUUUUAGGAAAGGAUGUUGAAGUGCAUAGAUCAAAAGGUGUCAUCAUUGAUACUGAGAAAACUUAUGUUUUACAAGGGGUAAGAGAUACUUAUGAUCUGAUUGAAAGUCCCAGCACAGAGCUAAAAAGGUCUAAAUUGGUAUUCAUCGGUAAAAACCUUGUCAAGGAUGAUUUUUUGAUAGAUUUUGAAAAUUUUACAGGAAUCAAACCUAAUUAA